AUGUACCAUAGUACCGUAACCCUCUCCAGCGCCUGGACUCCUAUGGAUGUGAAGAUCACAGCACCCAAAGGUGAAAAGAUCUUCAGAAUCUAUGCGGCUCUCAGGAUCGUUAUUUCCUCUACGGGAAGGCAGCCCAGCGAGGCCAGCACUUUGAUACGAUGGACUGAGAUGGGCAACGUUGCAACCUGGCAGGGUGUCAGAACGGCUCUGCUCGUUCGGCGCGAAUUAGAGUUACGGAGCACUCGGGUUGGUUAG